AUGCCCCGAGCAGUAAUAGAUAGUAAAAAGAAUAUUAUCGUACAAGGCUCAGUAGCAAUGGAUGGAAUAUUCCCUGGUAAAAAAGACGCUAAGCAAGGAAGAAGGUCUAACAAACCUAAAGCUAAUGCAGAAAAUCAAAAUGGAUCAGCAGAUAACAGUGCCGUUGCUAAUGGAAGUGUAAAUGGCAAUGAUGUCCCUCCAAAGGCUAGAAAGAGAGACGGAUGGGCUAAUGAUGCUAAGAAAGGGAAAAAUGCUAACAAAAAGGAUACAGAAAUUGACGAACGUUUGAAAGCGACUACUAUUAAUCAGGAUGACGGCGAAGGUAUUCACCACGUUUUGAAUCUCGCUGUCUUAAUCCUCGAUAAUCCCGUCAUACCGGAGCUCGAGGACAAGCAGGAAGAAGAAGAAAUCACUUACGGAAUUGCUGCUCCACCAAGCAUAAAAGCCAAUAAGGUAAUAAGCUAUAAGGAAUUGGAUCAAGAUUUACAGAAACAUGCGUCGUUACUAAUUAUGGACGGAGAAGUUGAUUUAAAACUAUUGGCAAAAGGCUUAGCGCCUGCAGAAGAAGUCGCUGAGACCGAUAGGCAAUGGGAAUGGACUACUUUAUUUACUGAAGUUUCUUCCGAGUUACAAACUGAAUUAGAAGAGAGAGCAGCAAAGGCAAACUUUAAUUCUUAA